UUCACAAAUUAUAAAGAUGCCCCUAAGUGAAAACAAAUCAUGUACUGAAAACAACUCAUGCAAAAAUUGCAAAAAACUUUCCAGAAAAAUUGAUAAUUUACAAGAAACCAUCAACGACUUAGUUAAAACUGUCCAACAAAACAGUGAGGCUAUUAUGUCCGCAUUUGCCGAAAUAAAGGUAGUCACAACAAAAUUAGUUCGACAAGAAACGUCAAUCAGCACCGCUACAAAUGACUUUCCAAUAUCGUCUGAAAUCAUGUUGCAAAACAUGGAGGAAAAAAUCACUUGUGACAACCGAGAUAUUUACGUCUCUACAAUGAGCAAGCUGUGGCGAAACUGUGUCGGAAAAAAUAUAGAGAAUAUACUAGAUUCUAAAGUCAUAAUGGAUUAUAAUGUAGACGGUACUCAUGGAAAACGCUCUUUAAGGAAAUAUAAAAAUUUCUACAAAGCUUUAAUUGAAAACAUAGAAACUCUAGGGGAAAAAAUGCGGAACAGCUACUACGCCAGGCAAUGCAAUUAUGCAAAAAGAAGCAAUUCAGAAAGAAUUCUGAAAAUAAAAAGAUCGAGCUGGAGUCAACAGAAUAUAUUGAUGUGAAUUAAAUUUUAGUAUUAAUUUUUGAGUGAAUUAUUUUUUAUUUUUUAUACAUACAUCAAAUGUGGAUAUGGAUUUUUAAUUAAAUUUUUUAUAAAUUAUUAUAUUACUUUUU